AUCCGAAACCAGGUUAAAUAUAACUUUACCAAAAUAGAGGGAAAGAAAGAUACAAGUUGAGCGAGUGAGUCACAGUUGUUCUCAUCGAAGCAGAAGAAGAAGAAAUGGCGACUUCUCUGCAACUGUUCCAAUGCAAACUAGCGAGACCCUUUCGGCCAUUCCCUUUGCGAAGUUCAACUCCCCCUCUGAGUCUGAGGUGUUGCGCUUCGCCCCCUUCUUCCUACAGCAUCACUCUCAUUCCCGGCGAUGGAAUCGGCCCCGAAAUCAUCUCCGUGGCCAAAGACGUUCUUGUCCUCGUGGGUUCUCUCGAAGGGAUCAAAUUCGAGUUCCAAGAGGUUCUUAUGGGUGGAGCUGCAUUGGAUGCCACCGGAGUCCCUUUACCCGAUGAUACCCUUUCUGCCGCUAAGCACUCUCAUGCCGUUCUGCUUGGUGCUGUUGGAGGUUAUAAAUGGGAUAAGAACGAGAAACAUCUCAAGCCUGAGACUGGCUUGCUUCAGAUACGUAAAGAGCUUGGAGUAUUUGCAAAUCUUAGACCAGCUACCGUGUACUCUCCGUUAGUGGAUGCUUCAACUUUGAAGAGAGAGGUUGCUGAAGGGGUCGAUAUCAUGCUUAUAAGGGAACUCACUGGAGGUAUCUAUUUUGGAGAACCCAGGGGCUUUGGCACCAAUGAAAAUGGUGAAGAGAUUGGCUUUAAUACUGAGAUUUACGCUACACAUGAGAUAGAUCGCAUAGCUCACUUUGCAUUUAAGGUUGCUCAGAAGCGUUGUGGGAAACUUUGCUCUGUUGACAAAGCCAAUGUACUAGAGGCAUCAAUGUUAUGGAGAAAGAGAUUUUUGGCAAUAGCGCAAGAAUAUCCUGAUGUUGAGCUCUCACAUAUGUAUGUCGAUAAUGCUUCAAUGCAACUAAUUCGCGAUCCAAAACAGUUUGACACCAUGGUGACAAACAACAUUUUUGGCGAUAUAUUAUCAGAUGAGGCUUCAAUGGUCACUGGAAGUAUUGGGAUGCUUCCUUCUGCUAGCCUAGGGGCUUCGGGACCUGGACUUUUUGAACCCAUACAUGGUUCUGCACCUGAUAUUGCCGGACAGGACAAGGCAAAUCCAUUUGCUACUGUUCUUAGUGCUGCUAUGCUUUUGAGGUAUGGCCUAGGAGAAGAAAAGGCAGCUAAAAGAAUAGAGAAUGCAGUGGUGGACACUUUGAACAGGGGAUUUCGAACUGGUGACAUAUAUUCUGCAGGAACAAAGCUGGUAGGAUGCAAACAGUUAGGUGAAGAGAUACUGAAGUCAGUUGAAUCUAACGUUCAUGCUGGUGCUGCUACAGUGUGAUCUCGAGACCAACUCGCCAUAGAACUUUGGAUUCUGGUUUUUAUCCUAGAGAUCACUACGACUGCCAAAGCUGAGAAAAUCUCCCUAAUUUGGCUCCCUUCGUGUUUCCACUUUCUUCUUUUACUAAUUUUACUGGCUAAGACAAGCAUUUUUUUAAAAUACCUUUUAGUAUAUCUGGAUUAAUAUUUUAAAAGUAUUGAAAAUUGUAGUUGGCCGUUAAACAAGGUUAAGUGAGGUACCACGGCGAUUCAAUAAGGGUGGGAGAAAACUCUCUCAUUCAAAUGAGGACUUUGCCUAUACAUGAUAAGCACAAACACCAAGCAAAAAGGUUUUUUCUAGUAAUGACAAUGAAAUUGAGAAUCCUGAAGAUCUUCUUUUUGAGUAUGUGGUACAGGAUCUUAUAGUUGUGAAUCAUUGGCAAACAAGAUAUUAGAUCUUGCACACCACUAUCCAACACUUGUCAUUGAGAAGUUGUGACUUAUUGUCAGUCAAUUGGAAAUUUGUGACAUGGUAUCAAAUUGUAACUUCCAAGUUUUGAGUGAAAGGAAAAUCUCUUAUUCUCGUACCUUCCA